GUAAAAGGUAGAAGGUGAUGCCAUUUGUGUCACCCCUAUUCCCCCAAGCAUUAAUGAUCUUUGCUACAAUGGCCCUUGUUUCCUUCUACAGGGUAGUAAAAGCUUGAGCUUCAACCAAACCGCCCCUCAAAUCCCAAGAACAUCAAAGACCCAUUGUUAUUUUGCUCUGAUCUUCAAUGGGUAUUCCGUAAUCCUCGCUCCCAUUUCAAAAUUUCUCGUGAACUUCAAGGCUUCCUACGCUUCUUCUCCACUCCACUUCACAGGCGGAUACGGAAGAGUGGGUUUGAAACUUUUCGAGUGUUGUUGUUUAUGAAAGGUACUGCUGAGUUUACAUAGUGCUUUGCUUUUUGGCUGUGCACUGUGUAGAGAUUGAGGUUGAAAAAUAGCAUACUUUUGUGAGUACUGUAAAGAAAAUUGUUUGUGGGGUUCAAAAGUAUCAAUAUCUUGAAGUGAUGGAUGGGCGGCGGCACUCUGUUGAUAUUCCCAUAUCAAGAACACUGGUUGCACUUAGAAGAGUUAAGUCUCUUAGAGAUCCGUCAACUAAUUCAAUGGGGAAAUUCUUUGCAUUCCUUGAAAAUUCGAAUUGGGAAACGAAUUCAAGUAAUGGGAUUAGUUUAGGAUUUGAGAAAAAUGACAAUGCUUUAUUCACGAGGAAUGAGGCUUAUCCUGGUGUUAAGGACCCAGAUUGUGGUGUAAGGAAACCCAACUCAAAAUUGGAAUCACAUGAAACUGCAGGAUGGGUUGAGAAUGGAGGCAGUAAUGGUAUCAUUCAUGCUGAACGGCCCAACUUAGAUCAAUCAACCAAAGCUGUGGCGGAAAAAAACGAAUCUCGGAGUGAAAGAUAUUGUAGAGUAGUCACAAAGCAAGGUUUGGAAUUGGCUUGCAUAGCAUCUUCAAAUGACUGUGGUGAAGGCGUGGGUUCAUGUAAUGAAAGGAAUGAAGAGUCAGUGCAGGUUGCAAAUCCGCCAAAGAAGAAAAGUAAAUAUAGAAAUCAAUACAGGUCAUCUAGACCAGCAGUUGAUAAUGUUUUGAAUCAGCUAGGCAGUCCUCAGUUUUCUGCAAAUGGUGCUUUGGAAGGGUCCUGUCAUGUGAUGCCACAGUAUGAUAGUGAAGAUUUUGAUAUUGUUGACUCUGUUAACCAUGGAUGUGGGAUUAGCUCCUGCUGGUUGGGGACCCCACGGCUUAGAGGAUCCAAUCUUCUUCCAGAUGUGGAAGAGCAGCCACUUCUCUCUGGGGAUGGAGGUGAAACUCUCUUUGCUGGAGAACGAGGAUGCUGGGAGCUUUACAGCAAUGGGGUUACUUCCAUUUCAGAAAGUAGAAAUGUCUAUCAAAAGUUCAGACCAAAAUUAUUCAGUGAAUUGGUAGGACAAAAUGUAGUAGCAAGGUCCCUUUUGAAUACAAUCUCAACCGGACGGAUACAUCCCUUCUACCUUUUUCAUGGUCCACGUGGUACUGGAAAGACAUCGGCAUCAAGAAUCUUUGCGGCUGCAUUAAACUGUCUUUCUUUGGAUGCCCAAAAACCAUGUGGUCUGUGCCUAGAAUGUGUUCUCUUCUUCUCUGGAAGGAAUAAGGAUGUCGUAGAAGUAGAUUGCUUGAAAAUCAAUAAAAUGGAAAGGAUUAGGUCACUUAUGAAGAGUGCAGGGAUCCCUCCCCUCUCUUCCCGAUUUAAGACUUUUAUUUUUGACGAGUGUCAACUAUUGCGAGAAGAAACAUGGGGAACUAUUUUGAGUAGCCUUGAUGAGCUAUCUCGACAUGUUAUCUUCAUAAUGAUUACCCCGGAUCUUGAUAAACUGCCCCGCACUGCAGUGUCACGGUCACAGAAAUACCAUUUUCCUAAAAUUAAAGACAUUGAUAUUGCAAACCAUUUGGGGAAAAUCUGUGCAGAAGAAGGAGGUGAAUUUGAUCAGGAUGCUUUAGAGUUCAUUGCUUGCAAAUCAAAUGGUUCACUUCGUGAUGGGGAGAUGAUGCUUGAGCAGCUCAGUUUGCUUGGUAAAAGAAUUUCAAUGCCAUUAGUUUACGAGCUAAUUGGAGCUGUCUCUGAUGAUGAAUUACUGGAGUUACUACAUCUGGCAUUGUCAUCUGAUACUUCUAAUACAGUUAAAAGAGCCAGAGAGCUCAUGAGAUCGCGAAUAGAUCCCAUGCAGUUGAUAUCACAGUUGGCAAAUCUCAUAAUGGAUAUUCUUGCUGGAAAGAGGGUUCUUGGAGGACGCUUUUCUGAAGCUAGCACGCAGCAACUAAGUCAUGCCCUGAAAAUACUUUCUGAAACAGAGAAACAGUUGAGGAUGUCAAAGAGUCAGACCACUUGGCUGACUGCUGCUCUUCUGCAGCUAAGCUCCGUGGGUUCUUCAAUGGAUCUCAAUGAAGCAAGGUUAUGCAGUAGAACAGAAUACCCACAAGAUUUAGAUGGUAAUUUUUGCAGCACAUCGUCAACUGGUGAGAGUUUGAAGCACGUUGCAAAUUGUGCAUGUGAGAGCAGUGAAUCCUGUCAAGUGAGGAUGCAGAAUGAUGAAGAAACUUUGACAUCCAUAUGGAGUAAAGCUAUUGCAAAGUGUGAAUCCCAUUCAUUAAAAAGCUUUUUGCAGAGACGGGGAAUUUUGUCUUCAAUUUGUCUUAAGCAAGGUUUAGCGGUUGCUGAACUGAAGUUUUCUCACCCUGAUUACGUAUCCAAGGCUGAGAAAUCAUGGAAGUCGAUAGCAAAUGCACUUCAGCAGACACUUUGUUGCAAUGUAGAGAUAAGAAUCAAUCUCGUGAAUGGUGCUUUUCCAAGAAAGCAUGCCAGAGCGAACAAGCUGUCUUUUAGCCUGUUCGGUUGUUCACGCAAGAAGAACCACAAACCAGAAAUUUCUGAAUCUGGAAGUGAUCCAUCAGAGAUCUCCGAUUUUGCUUCUAAAAGAAUCAUUAAAAUGGAUAAAGUUAAUGACGCAUGUUCUUCUGAGUGUGUUUCUCAAACUCAACAGAAAGCAACAGUAAGAACUAUAAGAAACAAUGACGGAAAUGCGCUAACCAUUGGAAUGGUAAACGCGGACUGGACAGACAGCAUGCAAUUGCAGCACUGCUUAGAAGGCGAUUACUUUAACAAGGGAAGUAAUCGUGGGUGCAAAGAUUUUCUUCCAUUGGAGCCAGAAAAAAACCAUGGCUGCUUUCCCAGAAGUGUGAAGCAUCUAAAGAGAUCAUACUCAUCGAAUGAAUCUCGGAUGAUUUGUCCCUUGGGUCAACAAUCAGGCAAUUGGGCUUUAUCGAUCCCUAACAAAACUUCUGAAACACAGUUCUGUGCCAGUGAUCCUCACAUCACUUGCACCAGGCCAAUUAACUGCUGCUCAGGAAAUAUAGACAUCAGUUCUAGGUCUUCAAAGUUCCACUGCUGGAGGACUGUUGUUUCACCUUUCAAGAAGGCUUUGAGAUUGAAGCGCCAACCUGAAAACUCACAUCUGCAGUUGGUCAUGCCUUGCGCCCCCGCAACAUGAACUGCAAUCUACAGGCUAUUUGGAGAUUCAUAUUUAACAUACUUUGUAAGUAUAUAAUUUGCUUGAGAAUGAAGCUUUAGAGUCUGAAAGAAACUUGAUGAAAUGAGCUUUUUGUAUACAUGAAGCCCUUUCAGAACAUAUGAAAGGGGAAAAUGGGUAACUAAUGAAAUUGUGCAAUGAAUAUGGUUCUUGCUUCAA